CAACUUUCUAUCUUUCUUCCAUCAUUUCGUGUUUGUGUGGAAUGUAGUUAUUUUCUAUUUUUCCUUCUAUCGUGUGGGUGUUGGAGAACGUGUUAAAAAUAUUUAUGAAAUACAAUGAAUAUCAAAUAUGCCAAUGCGCAUUCACGUGUAAAAUAGAGCGCUACAUGUGUCCCUAUAAUGUUGAACGUUCAUAAGAUAUGGCUUUUCUCAUAUCUCUGUGUUGUUGUUAUUGUAGUCCUGUAUUUUCAAGCAGAAAUUUCAAGCUUGGAAGACAAAUAUCAGAAAUUAGAAUACAAGCUCGCUCAAAAACACUCGGAGCCUCGUCAGUUUUUCCCGAAGUUGAUAGAAAAAGUUGACGAUGACCUAGUGGUGAUAUAUAAUAGGGUCCCCAAAACGGGCUCCACGAGUUUCGUAGGAGUAGCCUACGAUUUGUGUAAGAAAAACCAUUUCAAAGUGUUACAUAUCAAUAUUACCGCGAACAUGCACGUAAUGUCGCUCAGCAAUCAGUAUAAGUUUGCUCAGAAUGUCACAAGAUGGAAUGAUGUGAAACCAGCUCUUUAUCAUGGACACAUGGCAUUCUUGAACUUUGAAAGACAUUUGAUGAAUGUGUUGAAAAAAGUCAACCUGAUUGUGACCCUAACAAUAUGUGGCUACAAGUGCCAUUUUUCUGUGGUCACUCUGCUCAAUGUUGAACAAAACAAUGAAGAGUUGGAGAGCACAGGUGGCCCGAACAGCCGGCGAGAGAGCACGUGGGCGGGGAGAGCAACGCCGCCCGCCGCCUCCUUCCCCAUGCAGAACUCUAGUCACGUCAAGUUUGAACCGCCCAACGUACCAGUCAUAUUCGUGCUGGAUAUGCAAGACUUCGGCACGUUAUCGAGCAAGACUGUGACAGAAGUGUUGAUGUUAGAGAUGAAGAUGGCGCCGACUGCCAAGACCUACCUCAUCCAGACGAUAAGCGGCGUGGUGCUGGUGAGCUGGCGCCAGCGCGUACUAGAGCGACAGAUCGAGUACGGAGCACGCCUAGGGCACGUGGUGCUGAGUUUAGCACGAAUGGAGCUUGCAAACUUCUACCGACGCGUCAUGCCAGUAGCCGACUACUUCGACCAGAGCAACAUGCUUGUAGCGAUGCGCUUCGAGCACGUGGUGCUGAGUUUAACACGAACGGAGUUUGCAAACUUCUACCGGCACGUCAUGCCAGUAGCCGACUACUAUGACCAAAGCAACUUGCUUGUAACUGUAAACGGCGAAAGAAAUCCGGAGGAAGUAUACAAGGACUUUAGAGCGGCCGUCCUUCAAAUCUUGGGCACGCAAGAUGACCAAACCACGAUGAAUGGUGUAAGCGGCGUCGGCGUAGGCGCUGGUGGUAUACCCGGUGAAAUAGUCGGUGUGGAACCGGCACCUACAGCACACGAGAGAGAAGAGAAGAGGGAGGAAAGAAGAGAGGAGAGGAGAGAGGAAAUAAGAGAGGAGACCACGGUGCUGCCCGUAGCUGCCCCAAUGGUUGUGCCAAGGUCAGCCAUACUAAUGUAUUCUCUCAAAUUGGAGCGCUCUGGUCUCAGGAAUCUGGGGCAACGACUUCGCGCGCUAGCAGACGCGGGCGGGGGGCCUGCUACAGACGGCGCGCUGGCUCGGUCCUCGGUGAGCGGCGGGGAACAAGCACCUCGCGACCUGGUCUCCAGGCUGGUGACCGCCGCUGUUAACGAUGCCGCGCGCACGGGAAACGGGCUGAUACUCGACGGAUACCCCCGGGAUAUUGAGCAGCUGGAACUCUUCCAGAAAGAGGUGGACGGUGAUACAGAUUCUGCAGAAGUGCAGGAGGAGUUCACGCAGGUGCUCCUGGAGGAGAUGGAAAAAGCUGAAGCGAUCGCAGCAAUGCCCGAGCAACCACCCACGCCAAGAUCUGAUGUAACAGCGGUACAGCAGUUCGCUCACGCCAUGUCGCGUAUGGGUAACGGGUUUGCGAACGGCGCCGUACGGAACGGCACCGCGCAUAACGGGACCCUGCCCAACGGAAACCUGCCUAACGGAACCCUGCCAAACGGGACCGUGAAGCCGAUGGUGAACAACGUUGCCAAGAUCCCGACUGUGUCGCAGAUGACACACGACGAAGUACGUCGUCUCUACGAGAACAGUUCGGGCGAGGUUACCAUGGACACGCACAUGUAGCAUACCCUCCACGGCACCGAGCGAUAUAUCACCGUGUAACAACAAUAUGAGGUGCGAGUGAUAUGUCACUUUGUAAUAACGAUACAAGGUGCGAACGAUUUGUCACCGUAUAAAAACUAUACAAGGUGCUAGCGAUAUAUCACCGCGUUAAAACGAUACGAGUUGCGAAAGAUAUGUCGCAGUGUAACAACGAUAUGAGGUGCAAGCGAUAGGUCACCGUGUAACAACGAAACAAGGUGUGAGCGAUAUGUUGUCGUGUAAUAACGAUACAAGCUGCAAACGAUAUGUCACCGUGUAACAACAAUACAAGGUGCGGGCGAUAUGUCACCAUGUAACAAAGUGUUACAUGGUGACAUAUCGCCCGUACGUGCAAGAGAUGUGUCAUCAUGUAACAACGAUGUGAGGUCCGCCACCUCUACGAGAACUGUUCGGGCGAGGUCAUUAUGGACACAUAUAUGUAUAUAAUAAUAACAAACUUUUCCAAACGAUUUCUAACUUUAAGCGUCAUCGCUAUGGUGCGAAACUUUUCAAAUAAAAAAGCAUAUAGCUGAACAUACACCAAGAAAUACAUAAUAUAUGUCAUAGUUAAAACGCAUGAAGAGUCAAAACCUAUUUUGACUACAAAAUUCGUCAAGAAGAAAACAACUUUUCUUUUAUUUUAUGCAAUUGAGAGUGGUUUUUAUUGGAGACGUUGGUUAAAACUAUUUGAAUUCACCUAAUACUAACCCAUACGACUAUAGAAGCUACUCCUUUGUUGUGUUCUGUUGGUGAGUGAGGGAUGUGAGCAAAACACGACGAAUCUAUACCAAAUAUUUUCGUGGCACUACUGUACCUCGAAGCAUCUUGUAAUGUGACCUCAGCCUAAAGAAAAAAUGUACUAAAAUGGGUGACGAUAUGCAAUUAUAACUAUUAAGUACUAUUUUUGGAGAUAUGUGCUGUGCCCAAAUGCUAAAAUUAACUUAAAAUUAACGCACUUUAGGUUAAGCUAGACACCUAGACAGUAGUAUGCUAAAUAAAUGUUGCGUACCAACAUAAUAAUGUUUAGUUGUGUUGUUACGUGUUGUAUUUGUAAAUUCUAACGAUUAUUAUUAUCUAUAAAUAAAAGUAAAUAAAGUUAUAAAGUACUUUGUAAAAAAAGUUCGAUCGAAUUCAAUCCAAACAAUUUUCAAUCGCUUGCAAUCGCUCUGUAAGAUGUGAAGAUUUUCUUCUCAAAUUUGGGAAUAAGCUUUCCGUGUUGAGAGAAAAGAAAAGAUCAUCUUUCAGUGUUGGACCCAUUUUCUUCAAUACUGUAAUAUAUUGUUUGACAGGGAAUUAUAUAUUUUUUUUUAUGUUAUAUUCGGCAUAAGAGCUAAUGGCUCAUCUGAUGGUAGUCACACCGGCACCCAUAGACACCUGCAACACCAGGAAUAUCACAAAUGCGAUGCCGGCCUUCAAGGAAGAAGUACGCUCUGUGUUUGAAGGUUUUCAUGUCGUAUGUUCCGGAAACACUGCUGAUGACAAUGUAUUCCACAGUUUUGUCUUACGUGGUAAAAAAAUUCGACAAAAUCGCAAUUUUGUGGAUAGCCACGCAUCAAGAUGGUGGGCAUCCCCCCAAUAGCGAAAAUCAGCGGCUGGUAUUAAUAAUAAAAAUAUUGAGAGAAAUAUAGUGCGUUUAAUCAAAUAGUUCCUAUGCCGUCAUGUUGGUUAACAAUUUACCAAAACAAUUUGAUUGGUUAACAAGUUAAACAGGAGAGAUGUCAUAAAGUGAUUGGUAAUAACACGUUGACAGACAGGAAUGCCAACAUGACGGCAUAGGAACUAUUUGAUGAAACGCACUAUAGUAAUUUAAAUUUUAAAACUUAUUUUUCAUUGUGAAUUUGAAUUGUCAUCUUUUUAUAACUUGAUAUAUACAAAUAAAGUUAUUAUUAAUUAAUAAUUGUAAUUGUAGCUAGAUAUGAGUUGGAUCCUCCUCAAAUCGCUAUUUUGUGCUAUCUACAUUUAUUUAGUAUUUAUUAAAAUUAUUUUUGUAAAUAUACAACAUUUUGGUGUAAUAUGUAUGUAGAUAUAAAGAUAUAAGUAUUUAAGUGCAAACCAAACUACGGAAAAGGUAGAAAUAAAAUAAACUAACAAAUAUUAAUGCUAACUACUCUAGGCUCUAGGAGCAUUAUGUCAGGUGUAAAUGUCAUUUAUUAAGUGUACCUAGGUAUCUGUGUAGCUAUCAUAGCUAAAGUAAUGUAUAUUUAAAAAAUAAUAUAGGCAAUCAAAAUUUAUAACAGAGGACCACUUAAAGAAUAAUUGGAUUAAACAUUUAGUAAAAAUAAUAAGGUUAUAACUUAAGAAUGACGCACAUUGACUUGUUAAACUAGUGCCUUAGUGUAAAAAAUACAAAAUACUUAAAAAGAUAUUUAAAAUAUCAUUACUUUAAAGACGUUAAGAAAAUAUGUCAUGUAGUUUUUUAAAGAAAUGUCUAUUUUAUAUAAUUAUUAUUUAAUCGAUGCGACUAAGCGCAAUCGCACAUUGAACCACUAUUGGCGGCCGCUAAACGCGACCACAAGCUGCGGUCGAGUUUUUUUCAUACAUUUUGUAUACUAUCGGCGCAAACUAAGCGUUCGAGUGGCCGUGUUCGAGCCACUAGUUGCGGAAGUAGCCCGAUCUCAUUCUACUUGUGGUUGCGUUUUUUGUAUGUCGGUGAAAUGAACGAAAGCAUUAGUGUUUCCAUUUGACAAACGCGUUAGACCCCUGCUGCAAGCUUUCGAAUUCAACUAUAAUUACAAUCUAAAGAAAAGUUUACUAGAAAAAAAUCCACGCGGAUCAGACAGCGAACGGGACUCGAACCCGCACCCUUCGCAAUCCGGGCGAAUGCACUGACCAUUAUGCUACCACGGCCCUAUUCGCCGCGUCGAAAUUUUCCUAGCCUUAAGCUGCAAGGCAGCGCCAUCUCUUCGCAUUGUAGGUAACCCACAAUGUCAAAUGAAUACUUUUUCAAGUAUUAAACAUCUGAAAGAAGAAAUAGCAAUUAAAGUUAUGUUUUUAUUUAUUUUUAAGCAUUUAACUGCUAGAUGUUUAUAUCUAAAGAAAAGUUUACUAGAAAAAAAUCCACGCGAACCAGGCAGCGGACGGGACUCGAACCCGCGGAAAAUUACAAUCUUUGGAAUUUAACUAAAAUUGGCGGCAAAUAGUGGCCGCCCAAUAAGUCACUAGUGGCUACGAUUGGUGGCUGCGUCUAGUGGCUUGAAUGAGCUACUAGCGAUCGUGUUUAGUGGCCGCAGCUAGUGGCUCAAUGUACGAUUGCUCUACAACUAUAUUUACAAAUUAUUUUGAUCAGAAAGUUUAAUUUCUUAUUAAAACGAAAACUUUAGUAUUUUAACUUCGUAACAUCCAAUUUGAUGACUCUAUUCAAUGGAUUAGAAAAUAUUUUCUUAUUCGUUGGCUCUAUUAGAACUUAAAGUUAUUCACUACAAUAGAUACAGUCGAAUUUAUCUUAAAAUAGGUUUACAGUAAAAAUCUGUUAUUGCUAUUCAGUAACAACAAACUUACAUUUCACCGCAGAAUUCGCCGGGGUAAUUUGAAAUUAUUUGAAAUUCGUUGUUAGAGGUGGAAAAUGAGUUUGUUCUGACAGAAUAGCACUAGUUAUGUAAAAUGUUUUAAAUGCUUUACCAUAAUAAUAGAUCUCGUUAGACGAAUUUAAAAUAAAGAAGUGUCAUUUUUAGUUUUAUGUUAAAGAUAAACUUGUAUUUAUUAACACAGGUAGUUAAUUAAAUAUUAAAUAAAUUAAAAAUGUCAUCACCUGUAAAACUAGUCAUAACUAAUAGUUAUUAAUAAUAAUAAAUCACGUAGAUAGGAAUUACCACAAAACAGGGGCCAAUUUAGUAUUAGUCGUAGUGAAAACAUAGUAUUUUAGUUAGUAUCUUCACUUGUACUAAUGCACUACUUUUUAUAUGGAAAAAAUGUGUGUACAGACAGUCACACUUAAGUUAUUAUAAAUUGAUCAAUUUCGUUUAAUAUGGAUUGCGAAUCUCUUAAAAAUUGAAUAAGGCCUCAAAUUCAUUGGCGCGUUUUUGUCCGUCGAUAAUACCCGAUGCGUUAUUUCGUCAUACUUCUAUUGCGUCGUUAUCAUCACAAAAAUGCAUCCGCUAUUAGCAAUAGGGUAUUUGACAUGUCUUAGAAAACGAUCUCACGUUAUUGACUAAUGCUUAUGGAGUCCGUAAAAAGUGGAUAUUCAUCAUUCUGUUGUGUAUUUCAAUAAAAAUAACCAAAUCAAAAACUCCAUUUUCAAGUUGCCACGAAAACGUUUCUCUGGACAAUAUAGCGUCUUACUAGUGUGUGUCGUCAAACGACUGUUAUUAAAACGUCAAACGAUACAAUGUAAUGUCACUCUAACCGGAAGUUUACUUGUGUGUGACGUCAUUUUAGACUCCGCCAAUCCCAAGCGUUUUGGGUCACGUGACAAUAGACAAGAAAACUAUUAUCUUUUUCGUGAGUUUUUAGUAAAAUCAUGAAUAUUUUUUUUGUAAAAAUAGUAAAAACCCCUGCCAAUAUUCAUUCUAAACACAGAUGCCAAUAAUUGGCACUUUAUUUUUAAUACUGUCAAAUACCCUAUUGAUAAAAACGCGCCUGUACCGGAGGGGAGGCCUAAUCAUACUGAGGAAUUUAUCUCCUUUUUGAAUUCGGUUCAGUCAGUUUCUGAACAAUUCGAUGCUCUAAAGGAAGCUGUGAAAAACAUAGUCAAUAUUGUUAAAGAAUUAUGUACAGACACCAGAAAGUCAUCACGAAAAGAAUAUCUUCAGGUGAAUUUCAGCGUAACCUAAAAAAUUGUGUACCUUAUAGCCUGAGCAGACGAGGGACACAAAAGUCCCUGAAUCGUGAAAAAAUGUACUCCGAAUAUUUGUCACGGACUCAACGCCCGUGUGCGUUUGUUGCCCGGAAAUUUAGAAAAACGCACUUAAUGGAAGAAAAUUGUCUGAGAUUACUUUGUGUUAUAUUAAAAAUUGAGUUCUAGAAAAAUACAACACUUGUAAUGGUUUUAUUCUCUUUCCACUGCUCCCACUAGCUUACGAGUAUGUGUACAGUGCCCUUAGCACGAAUCAUUAUCGAAUUCGAUUAGUGUCAAUGUCAAAUUUUGUAUGGAAACUUGAACAGCAGCGGCACAAAGUACGUAACGAGAACUAAAAAUCAGUACACAUUUGAUAAUGACAUUUCGGACUCGCAAAGGAUACGAAUUCGAUAUUGGUUCGUGCUAGGGGUACUGAUUUUCAGUUCUCGUUACGUACUUUGUGGCGCUGCUGCAAUGACAUUUAGGACUCGUAAACUAUUCGAAUUAGACAUUGGUUCGUGCUAAAGGUACUGUACACAUUUUUAGUUCUCGUUCUGUUCAAGUUUCCAUACAAAAUUUGACAUUGACAUUUCGGUUUGCAAACUAUUCGAAUUCUGUAAUGGUUCGUGCUAGGGGUACUGAAGUUAGCUGUGUGCGUUGCUGCACCUAGUUACAUGAGUUUUUUUUUGGAGACACUCGCGUACUUUUGUACUAUCCGUUCUCUCAGCCGGUGUCGUCCACAGAACUCAGGAAAAGGUUACUAAAGCCUUGUGGGCGGGGCAGGCGGGCCACAGUUAUGUGUGAGAAAAUGCUCAUCAUCAUCAUCAUGUCCCGUAUGACGCCCACUGCUGACCAUAUAGGCCUCCCCCAAGGAUCUCCACACCGAUCGGUCCUGCGCCACUUGCAUCCAUCGGCUUCCCGCGACCUUCACAAGAUUGUCGGUCCACCUUGUAGGGGGCCGGCCCAAUAAGCGUCGUCCGGUGCGUGGUCGCCAUUCCAGAAGCUUUCCGCCCUAACUGCCAUCGGUUCUUCUUCCUACGUGUCCCGCCCACUGCCACUUCAGCUCAUAACUUGAACAAAACCUGAUUCUGAUUGCGUCGUUGCUCUCGGCUGUGAGCGUUGUUUGGUUCAAUUGUUUGAUGUCGCGUCGUUUGAUUGGCUAUUAUCUAUUAGAUGGAAUUGUAGUGGGGGCGAGCCGGCGACAUCGGUUCCGAUCCCCCUUCUAAUCUCUUUCUGUGUUCUGUGGUGUCCUCGGUUGUUCGGAGGACAUUUUUUACGCGGUAAUUUUAAUCCGUCGUGUGCGUUACUUGAUGAAGUUGUAAGCCAUCUGUUUUAGCGGACAAAAGUUCUUCAUCUGCGCAGACCGACAAAUAAGUAUUUUUUUUGUAUAAUCAGCGCCUGUACUUUUGAUGUGUCGUUUACAAAGAAAUUAUAUAACUGUCCGUUAACCGUUAAGGUACCUAUAUAACUUCCUUAGUCGGAUGUGUUUCAUUACCAUCCACCCUUCUCUAACAUACAAUAUUAGUUAAUCCCGUAGACUAAGCCAUAACAUGACGAAAUUCAGAUCACAAUGCGUGUACAAUUCCUGAAGAUAUUACUAUUGUUUGUACAUAUUCUUAAACUUUAUUUAGAAUAAGUAAACUAAAAAGCAUUUUGUUUGUUAACUAACUUUCUUAUUUUAUUAAAGACAGAGUUUAGGUGAUACUACGCAUCACUUAAGAGAUGAAACCACAUAAGAGUCGUCUCAAAGUGAGGCCUGAUUUACGUAACACCUUAUACGACUAUUACUGCACAAUUCAUAUGAAACUGUAGUGCCGUUCGGAAUUUGUAUCAUAACAACUCUUUGAUUUAAAUAAAAAUGGAAGAUACGGUACGCUUAUACUAGCAUCAAAUAAAAUAUGCUCCGACUCAACUACAUAAGCAACUCUCACACACGCACAGGUCUGUAUAUAAACAUACAAUCGAGCGAGCGAGACAGAACUAUACGACCAAUGCAGCGCGAGCGAAACGGCGAGUCCGCGUCAGAGUCCGAACGGCUGAGCUGUAUUGUUGUCCUUUCCUUGAAAACAAAAUGGCGAUUACGUAAAUAACAUUCAAGAAAAACCGUGAUUUUUGAGCACAAAAUGUUUUUUUACAGUUUUACAAAUGAUAAGUGUUGCCGAAGCAUUUGUUAUAUGAUUUUGAACUAUUUGUGUUCUUUAUAAAAGCAUCGAAGGCAUUAUUUUAUCUUUAUAACACAGAAUAUACGCAAUAUUGUUAUAUUGAGUUCACAUGCAGCGUUUUUGAAUGUCUAAUUGUGACUAAAGCGAAUUGUGGUCAUGCACCACAAUUUAAGCGGAGCGGAACUUUUGAGCCGUGCGUGCCGUAUCUUCCCUAGUAGGUAGUCAACACUACAAUAAAGUUCUCACGUCCACUUGACUUGACUUGAAUAGCUUAAAGAAUAAUUUUAAAGAUUUCACUAAUUUUUCAGUUGCGCAGACGAUGGUUACAUAAAAGCACACCAAUUUUAUUUCACAAUAUCCACGAUGAACGAAUUUAAGAAUAAUUAAAAUAAGACGCCAACCGAUGAAAUCCAACCAGAAACUCCUUACUAUUUUUUUUAUUGAACAUUUAAAUAUGUGCCAUUUCAUAUUAUCAGUCCUUUGUUUUUCGAUCUCUUCCGUGCAAAAGGUUUACUCUUCGGACAGCCCCAUUGCUGUUGUUUGCGGCGUGGUGUCUGCACGUAUCUGUAUGAAUUUAAAAAAAGAACAUUUUCAUUCAAGCGCUUCACGAACACAGCACCGAAACUUUUCAUGAAUUUUAAGUUCAUACAACGCCCCAUAGUUUCAGAACCUUUUGUAGAGGAUUCAUAUCAUAGGUGUAGAUAAAGCCUUGUAUGCAGCUGUUUAUAAUUAGAUAUUAAAAUAUUCAUGUGAUACAUGAUGAAUACAUACGUAGUUUUCAUCUAAACUCGGUCUUAUAUUUCAUGAUAAGCUUAAAAUAAUGUUGAUAAAACAUUUGAAAUGUAUUAAUUUGUGAAGUUACUUGAUGAAAUAAUUGGUAUUUUUAUAAACGUUCAAUUUUAAUUAACACUUCAAAAGUAUUUUAGAUUAAAUAAACACUAUGUGUUUGUAGAAAUUCGUUUAUAUACAAAAAUAAACGGGCA